GGCGGAGAUUGAGGCUGGAGCCUCCGAGGUCAGCUCCCGCCCGCCGGGCCUCGGGAGCCGGGAACCCCCCACAGGACACACUCGGCCUCUGAUGUCCCUAACCCCUCGUCAGCAGCCUCCGGCUCCAAAGAAUUGGCCAACAUGCCUAUGGUCAAGUGUCCCCCAAAGUCGGAUCCCCUGUGGAAGGAGUGGGCCCGGAAGGCCCAGAAGAACGGACUGAGGCACCAGGUCUACACUGUCAACGGGGACUGCUAUGUGGGCGAGUGGAGGGACAACAUGAAGCAUGGAAAAGGAACACAGAUCUGGAAGAAGAAAGGAGCCAUCUAUCAGGGGGACUGGAAAUUUGGGAAACGAGAUGGCUAUGGCACCCUCUGCCUUCCUGACCAAGACACAGGGAAGUCCCAGAAAGUGUACUCAGGCUGGUGGAAAGGCGAUAAGAGAUCGGGCUAUGGGAUCCAGUUUUUCGGACCCAAGGAGUAUUACGAGGGUGAGUGGUGUGGCAACCAGCGCAGCGGGUGGGGCCGCAUGUACUACCGCAACGGCGACAUCUACGAGGGCCAGUGGUUGAACAACAAGCACCACGGGGAGGGCAUGCUGCGCCUGAAGAACGGGAACCACUAUGAGGGCUACUGGCAGAGGGGCAUGAAGAACGGGUCGGGACGUUUCUUCCACCUGGACCAUGGUCAGCUGUUCGAAGGCUUCUGGGUGGACGACGUGGCCAAGUGCGGCACCAUGAUCGACUUUGGCCGUGACGAGGCCCCCGCGCCCACCCAGUUCCCCAUUCCUCAGAUCAAACUUCUGGACCCCGACGGCGUGCUGGCAGAAGCCUUGGCCAUGUUCAAGAAGGAGACUGAGAAGGAAGAGGAGGAUUGAAGCCAGUGGGGCCUGGAAGGAGGGGCACCAGCCCAGCACCUCAGAUGCCGGCUUCGAGGCACUCCCUCACCCCCGCAGGGAGGAUGCCAACGCUCGGCCCUGCCUGGGAGAUCCAAACACACGGCUCGCGACUGCUCAGACCGGUGUGGCCCACUCUGGAGGAGCCAGUGGUGUCUUGGGGUGCUCCCUUGGCACCCUCCCCCUCCCUGCACCCUUCUGGUCUUGGCCCCGGGGAGGCCAGGCUCACCCACCUGCCGUAGGGACCCUGUUCUUCCAGCCUUCGUUCUACGGCCCCCUUCCUGCAAGCUCGAGAAUAAAGGAGAACCCGGUGGUGUGAGCCCCGGGCCUGCAGAGUGGGCCGCGGUGGGGGAGCUGGGAGGGACUGCAGGUAAAGAGGGGGGAGGACCCCGCGGGCUGAGGCACCCACCUUGGGGGAGGAUGGCAGCUGCCCCCACAUCUCACACCCUGGGGUACCCCAGCAGGGGAAAGGGCCUGCAUCGGGCGAACUGGCCGGUGAGAUUGCAAUUCAAACCUGACCUGCGCCUCGGUUUAACAUGGGGACUUGCAACCCGGGAAUCCCUGGGGAGCUUUGAAAGAUGAUGAACACCCAGGUCCCAGAGAUCCCAAUUUCCUGCCUCUGGGAUGAGCCGUUUUUAUUUUUUAAAAGUUCCUCAGGGGGCCUCGAGCCCCUGGCUUAGUCUCUGUGGGACCCGAAGCAUGUGACCCCAGUUGUCCUGUCUGUAAAGACCUCAUGGGGAUGUUUUAAGGAUUUGAUAAUAAGAUGUAAUAAGGAUAAAUGACAUGUAUUGAGGCUGAUUGGGGCCAGAUGCCAGGGAAGAGCUUUGCAUAAUUCUAAUCUAGACAACAUUCCUGCGAGAUGAGGGAUUCCUGCAUAAUGGAUAAAAUGUGAGCUCUGGAGUCAGACUUGCCUGCGUGGGGUUGGGUUGCUGUGCACACUUGGGAAUGUCACCAAAUCUCCAUGUUCUGUAGGUUUCCUUGCCCAUAAUAACAGUACAGUCACAGGCUUAUGAGGAUGUAAACAAGGUGGUGGUUCUUAAUGGGGGGGGGGGGGCGAUGAUGCCUCCUUCCCGGGGGAAAUUUGGCGAUGAUGUUGAGGUAUUUCUGGUCGUCACAACUGGAAAGGGAGGUUGCUAUUGGCAUCUGGUGGGUAGAGGCCAGGAAUGCUGCUAAACCCAUUACCGUGCCCAGAUGGCCCCCCACAACAAAGAGUGAUCUGUCCCCAAUGUCAACAGUGCUUCGGGUGGGAAACCCUGAAAUUUGGUGAUGUUUCCAAAGCCCUCAGCAAGUGUCUGCAUGCAGUGACAGCUCAGUAACGGUCACUAACAUUGAGCCUGGUCGCCCUGAGACUUGGAAAUAACAUUAACUGCCAGCACUGUGCUUACAGCUUUGAAUGUCUUCUCUUCUGUGAUCCCAACAACCUGUGACAUGUCCUGCUGUUAUUAGCACCAUUUCAGAGGAGGAAACCGAGGGUCAGAGAAGCUCCACAGUUCACCAAGUUAGAAAGUGCCCAUACUCAAACUUGGUCUAUCUGCAGUGUGUAUAGAAGACCACCAUUGUAGAGAAAAAGUAGGAGUGAAGGGGUGCAUUGUUUAUGUAUAAAACACAGUACACCGGUAAGUUAAACUGGUAACGAGGUUGUCUCUGGGGGGCUGAAAACAGAGGAGGGCAAGUUUUCACUAUUGUAUCUGGAAUCAUGUUAAUGUAUUGGUAAGAAAUGUAAUACAACUGUCAUUAGAGACUGUUCUCAACCACCAGUGUUUCUGUCAGUUGCCUAGGUGUGAAGAGAGGCUGAGUUGCUUGUUAAAAACACAGAUUCCAGGGACACAACCACUUCAACUUGAAUCAGUAGCUCCCAGGGAAGGGCCUGGGAAUCUGCAUUUUACAAGCCAAUCAGGUGGUUCCUGAGUUCAGAGAAGUUUAGCAAAGAGAACAGAACCUAGGACUACUGGGCCACAGCCCAGCAAUUAUCCCAGCUGGACCCUGGGCCUCUGCAAGGGCUGGGAGGCAGAUAGCUUGGAAAAUGCCUGAAAAAUCUCCAGGCCUUCUCUGGGGACCCCUGCGGCGGGCUUCAUGUCGGAGCCCCUGCCCUGCCCCACCUGGCCCUUCCACCCCAGCCAGAGGGCCAUCCAGGGACAGGGUACCUGGUGGUAUCUGGUGAAGGGUGGAGGCGAGAAGCUGCAGCGGGGUAAAGGAUGAGAGCUUUUAAGGUCACACUUUCCAAACUGUGUUCCUCAAGAGUCUUGGGGUGCUGUGGGACCAUAUCAGGGAACAAUGAUGGGAGAGGGACAGAGGUCGGGCCUGUUGAUGAACCAACCAACUUUCACUGCAGCCAGAGUGUUUUGCUUUUAUAAAGUCACUUUACGUAUUGGAUUUCUAGAGCAGACAGGUCUCAAGGGACUAAGAGAGCCAAACCAAUAACGUAAGUGACGCUGGCCGAGGUGAGCAAGAGGGAGUGGUGGAUACUGGCAAACUUAUGCCUGGGGGAAGGUGACCACUGCUUGGCUCUCUGCAAGGUGGGCCCAGUGCUGCUGGAAAUUAGUUUUUCAAGCAACGCUAGAAUGAGCCCAUCCAUGUAAGGUUUCUGUAUGGGCUUAGGCAUUGAGCCACACUUCCCAGGUCUGAAUCCCAGCAAGUGACUUCUCUAAGCAUCAAUUCUGCCAUCUGUAAAAUGGGAGUGAUAACAACACCAGCCUCAUACGCAUGGCAAGGUUUCAGUGAACUGAUGUGUAGUGCUUAGAGACCUCACAGUGCAAUUUGAUGCACAAUCCUCAACUGGAGAAAUCGUUACAAGAAAGGACAUUAUGGGCCAAGUGGGGAAUUUGAACAUGGAUGUUAUACUAGGUACCAGCAUUGCAUCAGUGUCACAUUUCCUGAACUUGAUCAUUGAACUGUGGGGAUGCAGGAGAAUGACCUUGUUUUUAGGAGGAAGUAUUUGGGUAUCGAAGGGUCAUGAUACCUGCAACUGAAACAUAUGGUUCAAGGAAACAACUAUAUAUAUAUAUUUCACUUAAUAUUCUUGCAACUUUUCUGGAGGCUUGAAAUUUCUCAAAAUAAAAUGUUGGAAUCA